UUCGUGGUCUUGGUUGGCAAGCGGCUGCUUAACCAUGAGCUUGCGCAACAGUAUUUGACAGAGGGCGACGCAGACUUCACCAUCACGGUGCCCUUCUCUUCGCCGGACGCAGUGUUUGAGUCGGUUCACCCGUCCUCUGUCAGGAGCAGACUGGAUGUGGCUCUGUUGAAUCCUUACAACAACAUGACCAUCAAAUACUUUUCCCUGGCUUGCAGCUUCCUCAAAACGCUGACUGAGUGUUUCUCUAACGGAACGAUGACUGCGCUGGCGGUCAAGGUGGAGUCUGCUCCCAGUCUGAACCCCGGUCAGCUGACCCUGAGCGACCCCGCCUGUGGUCCCACCUACAGCGACGAUCGCUUCGCCUACUUCCACUUCACUGUCAACUCCUGUGGUACCACCAGGAAGUUUAUCAACAAUGUCAUGCUGUAUGAGAACGAAAUCUCCUUGCCAGAUGAACUUAAGGUGAAGCUGAAUGGCACGACGUCUUCAGAGGAGGAAUAUCAGUUAAAGGUUUCCUGCUACUAUGUGGUCAGUUUUGCCGAGACUGGGACGGGUCGACAAAUGGUCAGAAUGAGACUCGCUCAGGACGCCUCGUAUAACACGUUCCACCAGGAGGAGGACUAUCCAGUGGUGAGGUACCUGAGACAGCCUCUGCACUUUGAGGUGGAGCUGACCAGGUCCUCUGACCCCAAGAUAGCGCUGGUGCUUGACCACUGCUGGGCCACCCCCAACGAGGACCGUGACUCCCGACCCCGGUGGAAUCUCAUCAUUAAUGGUUGUGAGAACCCGGAGGAUCCGUACCGUGUGGUCUUCCACCCGGUGGUAGCUGACGCCAGGGUCCACUUCCCCCCUCACGUCAAACGCUUUGAGGUCUAUAUGUUUUCCUUCGUCGAGGAUGCGGUUGAGCCGAGUGGCCAGGUCUUUGUCCAUUGUGAUGUGGUCAUCUGUGACGCCAGUAGUCCCUCUGGCAGCCCCUGUAGUGGACAAUGUGUGAGUCAGGACAACCCGAAAAGAGGUCAACGACAUGUCAAAGACCUCUUUGAGGAGCGUCAUUUCUAUGUUUCUUCUGGAUACAUUCUUUGGGUGUAAUGUCUUGUUCUAACAUGUCAAAUAAAGUGUUCUAUAUAACAA